ACAGUGUGGCUUUCUUGCAUUGCAGCAGUGCCAGGAGUCAAGCCCCGAUCGAAUCACACUGUAUGGUUUAAUGAUGAAACCUAUCCAGCGCUUUCCACAGUUCAUUCUACUGUUGCAGGAUAUGUUGAAGAACACUAAUAAAGGACAUCCUGACAGAUUACCUCUUCAGAUGGCUCUUACAGAACUUGAAACUCUGGCGGAGAAGUUAAAUGAAAGGAAAAAGGAUGCAGAUCAGCGUUGUGAAAUAAAACAGAUAGCAAAAGCAAUGAAUGAACGUUAUCUGAACAAGCUACUCAGCAGUGGAAACAGAUACCUCAUACGGACGGAUGAUAUGGUUGAGACCGUUUACAAUGACAAAGGAGAAAUUAUCAAAACGAAAGAACGGCGACUUUUCAUGUUAAAUGAUGUGCUAAUGUGUGCAACUGUAAAUAUUCGCUCUUCCUAUGAAAGCAGUGGCACCGUGACAACUGGCCAGAGGUAUUUAUUGAAGUGGAGCGUACCGCUGGGACAAGUGGAAGUCAUAGAGUAUGGCAGCAGUGAGGGCCAAGGGGAGAACUGCAGGUUUCCACCCCAGCACUCUGCUGAAAAUGUCGUCAUUAACUCUAAGCCAA